AUGGAUCUCCCGGAGCUGAAAGGUUAUCUGCGCAAGAAGUCGCGCCACGAUCGAUGGCAGCGCAGAUACUUUGAAGCCACCACGCACUACCUCACAUACUACAAGAACCGGGAGAGUGAGAAGCUGCUGGCCUGCAUCGACCUGUGGCGCACACAGACCAUCGACUUUAACCCCGCGGACGGAGACAAGCUCGAGUUCUCCAUCGCCAUCGGCGAGCAGUCGUACCUGCUCAAGGCCGACAGUCAGGACGACGCCGCACGUUGGGUCAAGGGCCUGCAGGCGCGGCAGCACCGGCCCGAGGGCACGCCCUCCGAGGUCUUCAGUCUGCGCAGCGAGCACAUGGACGCCGAGAGCGACGCGUCCAGCGAGUACGGCGGCCGACGACCCCGAGGCACGUCCUCGGACUCGGGCAGUCGGCGCUCGUCCCUGUCUUUGUCGUACGUCGAGACGCAGAACCCCGUGGUCCCCAACGCCAACGCCCUCGCGCGGCUCUCGCUGUCGCACGCCGACGCCCCGAAUCCCGUCGUGCCGAACGCCAACCUGAUCGCCCGUGCGUCGUUCUCCCAUGCCGACGCGCCCAAUCCAUAUCCGAUGGUGAAUACCAACCAACAGGUCACGCGGUCGACGGUGACGACGACUGCCGCUGGAAAACCGCAGGACGAAGAGAAUCCAGCUGCGGAGGCGCCGUGCUGUGCGCCGUGCUCGAUCAUGUAA